CACGAGUUCUAUGUAUACAUCCUUCGUGAAGGUUUAUCUCCUCACUUUAGACUUUUAGAAUGUGAAUCCCGUGGUUCUCUCACUUUAGCUAGAGCACUCUGUACUUAUGAUGCAUUUUGACAUAGUGGAAUGGCCAAAGCAACAACUUUCCAGCUCAGAUGUCGCAAUCCACGUGGAUCGCUAGCGCGUGAAUUUCUCUGUUUAGAAAGUCAAUUAACGAGCUCUUGAACCCGAACGUGUCUUUACGUGUAACCUGCGGGUUUUGCUUGUCUGACCACGUAGGACAUGUCUGUGGCGGCUCAGAGCUCCUUGCGGCUUAGAAGACGAAAAUCCAAGGAGGAUAGCAGUUCCGCGGGACCUUCCGACGCCGCUGAAGGCACGCCACGGAAGCAGGAGGAGAUUGUCUGGGGAAAGACGCCUAGUGGCGAAGUCUUCCGAGUUCCCACUACGCAUGAUGUGCUCACUCUAUUCCACCCUGGAUAUCCAAAGUCACACCUCGAUCUGCUGAAUCUUGGUUUGCUUGGUUUCCAACUUGUAUUGUUCGCUUUCUUCCCUCGCAGUGCUUCCAGACUAUUCUUCUUCUUGUACUUCGCCUUCUGGAGAGCCGCGUACGAUGUCGGUCUAGGUUGGGUAUUGACCAAACAAAGUAAAAAGAAAUGGAUCGUUAGGGAGGUUCAAAGAUUAGGAUGGCUGGACGAGAAGCGCCAACCUGCCAUACGCGGAUGGAUUGGAAAACAACUUGCAGGCAAGAUGGGCAAGGAUUAUUCUUUCGACGAACUUCCUGUAGAAUACAAUACCUGGUUACUAUUCCGUCAGCUGGUGGACAUCAUUCUGUUAAAUGACUUUCUGGCAUAUUGUAUGUUCGCAUUUGCCUGUUUCCGGGUUCCCGAUGGACUCUCGACCAUGAUGCACGUUAUGAGAUGGGUCGGCGGCAUUGCAUUGAUCGCCUUCAAUCUGUGGGUGAAAACUGAAGCGCAUGGUGUUGUGAAGGACUACGGCUGGUACUGGGGUGACUGCUUCUUCCAACGUGGUGCUUUAGUGUUCGACGGCGUCUUUGAGUUGGCGCCGCACCCAAUGUAUUCCGUCGGCUAUGCUGGGUACUAUGGUUUGUCGCUCAUAUCUGGUAGCUACGCCGUUCUGUUCGUCAGCUUAGCUGCUCACGCUGCACAAUUCGGCUUCCUGGUGUUUUUCGAAAACCCUCAUAUUGAGAUGACGUAUGGGCAGCGCAAGCUGCUAGCACUGCGGACGCCAAUGCACCCAAGUACGGGCAGAAAGCCAGAAGAAGGAACGACAACUACACCCAAAACACGACCUCGGCAACUGUCGGUGGUAUCUUGUGCAGGGACAGACGUGUCUACGCCGCCGGUAACGGAAGGAGAAACUGCCUCAGAGACGGAUGAACUCGAGACCGAUACAGAGACUGAAUUGGACUGCGAUGUUCCCCAACCACCUCGCCGGAAGUCGCAGCCUAGCACGAAGUCUUCCAACCCCGCAGUACAGCGCCCCAGGUCACCUGCUCUAUCUAUGCAUGACCUCUUCAACACCUACUUCCGCAAAGAUGCCGUUCUGUUACACAAUAUAGACCUUCUUCGCGCCAACGACUUGCAGCUUGUCAUGAUCGUAUUCUAUGUUCUUCUGGGAACGUUCUUCCCGACAUUGUCCACUCGUGGAUCCCUCAUGCUGCAUUUUGCACACGCCUUCAUCUGGUGUCUAUUCCAUUCAUUCGGGUUGGGGCUCCUCCUCCGUGCCCAGUCCGAGAGCAAGUAUAUGGUUCGACAUUUCCUGAAACAUUAUCAUUACCCUCGGAACGAUGGCCGCAAAGGAGCCGUGCUUGAAGCUUUCUCGAACUGGAAAUCUAUAUAUAACAUGAGCAUGUGUAUGACUUACGCUUCUUUCAUUGGUCUGACGUGGAAGUCCUACUCCAUUCCAAAUAACUGGACAGUUGGCAACGAGCUGCUCAGGCAUACGAUGGGUGUCAUUUUGAUCAUCAUUCAUGUGUGGGCGACAUUGGAAUCCUACGAAGUCCUGGGUCUAUUCGGUUGGUUCUUUGGAGACUUCUUCGUUGAUGACUUCCCCGCUCAUCUGGAAUACACUGGGAUCUAUCGGUAUCUGAACAAUCCAGAGAUUAUGAGCGGAGCAGCCUUCUUCGGACUGGCAAUGAUCAGCGGUAGUAAACUCGUGUUUGCACUUGCAGUCUUACGCUAUCUGUCGCAGUGGUGGUUCCUGAGCAACGUUGAGAACCCUCACAUGCGGAAAUUAUACGGGGAUUCACUUCGCAGUGACGCAGGCUUUGUGAAGGUCAUCAAGACAGUCGCACAGAAAAACGCGCAUAUUCUGGAAUCCCGGGCAGGGCGUCACGCUCCGGAGAUUAGGAGAGUCGCUAAGGAGGUGAAAGGUACUUUCGACAAAGUGUAUGAGGAAACCGCCGAGGUCUUAGAGGAUUUCCUUGCCAAGUCACGGCCCAAAAUUUCCGAGGUGGUCCAGGACACGAAAGUCUUGCUCCAACAGUCAAGGGAGAAGCUCGUCAUUUCCCGAGUCUCCAAUGACAUGUCGCAGUACGACACUUCCAAGUACGGGAUUACAAUUGUGCCGAGUGCAACGGCUGGAUCUUUGCGAUUCCAUCUCGGCGAACCUAUCAAGGUUAAAUGGCGCGCUCCUUCUCACCAUUCACGCAGAGACUGGAUAGGCAUAUAUCGGAUUGGUGCUAAUAAGUCUAACCUUGUGACGAAGACGUCUUCACUUGGAAAAUGGGUUCCCGUUCAUGACGAUGAGUGGGAUGGAGAUAUUCCAUUGAACAACCAGCGUUCCGAUCAGGUUGAUUGCGAGCCCGAAGACGGAGAGGUUGUGUUCAAAGGUGACGCUUUGUCAUGGCAAGCUGGCCGCUACGAGAUUCGUUAUCAUCAUGACGGAAAGUAUAACGUCCUGAGCUUGGCCGGCCCCGUUGAGAUUUAUGUCGAAAAACCCGCCUCAAUGGAGUUCGACUCUGUUAGGCAAGCCCUCUCGAGGAUAGUCCCUCUCUGUCUGGACUCCGACCCUUCCCUUAUUCCGGAUUCCUGCAAGACGGCUUUGGGUCUUGAUCCUAACGUCACCGAUGAUGAACAGCGUGACCCUGAUGACUUCCGCUUCUGGUCGGAGAAGCAGGCCAAACGCAUCUCUGUGGCGAUUCAACAGACAUUCGGUGUAGAGCUGACUCAAGAGGUUAUCAUUGCGGACGCCAACUUGAGUACACUGGCCAAUCGAACUUUGGUUGCGAAAGAACUGCUUUCGGGCUAGACGGUAACGAAUUGCUAGACUGCUGGCUUCUUGGUUUGAAUGAUUGAUUCUUAGACUACAUUUGAUAGACAUGUGUUGUUAACCAUAGAGCAUUGCCUUCACGGUUGGAUACUCAGACAUACCUAUCAAGUAUUUUUCUAACCCCCAAAUAUGUAUCGGGACAGGAAUUGAGACAUAAGUAGAGGAGUAAGUAAAGGAGCCUGC